UAGUAUUUGUGCCUGGCUGCCCGCCCCCACACCCCCACACUUCUUCGUUUCCUCUUCUUUUCCUUUUGUUUGAUUUUUAGUUCCCUUCUUGUUUUCUUCUCUCUCUCAACUGUCGUCGUCGAUCCGUGUUCAACCCGCGUCCUAGAGAGAGAAUCCAGAACCAUAAGAAAAAGAAAAAGAAGAAGAAGAGAAACAAGAAAUUAUUUAGAGAGGAGAAGAGAAAAGGGAUUUCAUAUUACGAAUCUGCAUCCAUUGAAAGGCAACGGCAUAUCCGAGGUUAGGGAUAAUAAUCGGUUUAGAGGAGUGGUCAAAGUAAAGAUUUGAAAAUUUUGAAAGGAAAAACGAUUUGUCUGGGUGGGGAAUAUUGUCAAACACUUGAUGGGUAUCAUGAAUUAGUAUGGAAUUUUUCUACAGAAACAUCAAUAAAUUAUGACGUUUUACAUUGCUCGCGAGUCUUCGAAGUUAUGGCGAAGGAUUUGUACAGAGACUUUUAUAGAAAUUCAUCUACUUGCAGAAAAAUGGAAGCUUUUACUUGCAGGAUUAAUUUGUCAGUAUAUUCAUGGUUUGGCAGCCCGAGGAGUUCAUUAUUUACAUCGACCAGGACCAACGCUUCAGGAUAUGGGAUUCAUGUUUCUUCCGGAGCUCGGGCGUGACAAAGCUUAUAUCAGUGAGACCGUAUUCUCCUUUGUUUUUUUCUCCUUCGUAUUGUGGACUUUUCACCCUUUUAUAUUUCAGAGCAAAAAAAUCUACACAGUUCUGAUAUGGCGCAGAGUGUUGGCAUUUUUGGUUGGUUCUCAAGCGCUCCGGAUCGUGACAUUUUAUUCUACGCAGCUUCCUGGUCCAAACUAUCAUUGCCGUGAGGGUUCACCACUUGCAACUCUGCCUCGUCCAAAAAAUGUUGUGGAAGUGCUUCUAAUUAACUUUCCGAAGGGUGUGAUUUAUGGAUGUGGAGAUUUGAUAUUUUCAUCUCACAUGAUCUUUACCCUCGUUUUUGUACUUACUUAUCAGAAGUAUGGCACGAAAAGGAUUAUCAAGCAGCUUGCUUGGUCGAUUGCUGUUGUUCAGAGCUUCCUCAUUGUCGCUUCUCGCAAGCAUUACAGUGUUGAUGUCGUUGUUGCAUGGUACACAGUAAACUUGGUUGUAUUCUUUAUAGAUAAGAAGUUGCCAGAACUUCCGGACAGAACAAAUGGACCAUCGUCACAAUUGCUGCCACUAAGCACCAAAGAUAAAGAGAGUAGAACGAAAGAAGAGCACCUCAAAUUGUUAAACGGGAAUUCUGAUUCAACAGAUAGGAGACCAAGAACACAAUUGAAUGGGAAAAUUCUAGAAGAUUUAAACACGGUCCAUUCAGAUAAGGAAAUGAAUGGUACAUAGAAGGAUACGACUGUAGGUGCCGAUGAGAGUAAAAUUAAAAUUCACAAGAGUUUUGAUUGAAGUUGAUCAAAGAAGGUUACUAGAGAUUCACCAAUCUAUUAAUUGUAGAGAUAGCUUGAUAUAUCUCAGGUGCUUCAACUGCCAACUUCAAUCAAAGAAGAUUAUUCAGAAUUUAGUUAAAAGUUUUUCUGUUCGUGUUUGGGGUGAUAUUGGAUUAUUUGAAAUUUAUGUAGUAUCAAAAUCGAUUUUACAGCUUUCGAUUUGUUAAGCAACCGACGGAAGUUUGUCUGAAAUUAGGAUAGUGCACAUAGUGAGUGAUUUAUGUCACGGGGUUUUGAGUUCCCAGUACGCAAAGUAGAGUGGAAAGACUUCUACAGGAAGGUCUCCAAAUGACUCUCGAGUCUCAACCUCUUGCGCAAACCUAAAUCAUGGGGAGGAGCAGGGUUUAUGGCAAGGUUCACUGCGUUGGGGGUGGGGUGGGGAUCGGAGCAACGGCUGAUGCCCAAGCUGCAACUGUACGUAGUUGUACCCAUUAGAUUUGGGGGUAUAUUAAUUAUAUGUUCAUACUUUUAACUCCCUACAAAUAUAUCCUUAUACUUUUAAUAAUCUUAUCCAUUUAAUAUUAGAUUAUUUUAAUA